GCUCGGGAGGCCGGCCGCCACGGGCGGGCGCCUCCCCAUCAUCGCCCAGGGCGGCCUCCCGGCGCUCGCUGCCCCGCCCUGUCUUGUGGCGUCGCCGCCCGCGAUGGGCCCCUUCGGCGGCUGGUGGCAGGGCUGCAACCCGCGGUGCGCGCCUGGCUGCAGGCCGGGGCACAGCAAGGUCACCGACACCGUGAAGAUUUCCAUGCCGCUGGAAGAGGCCGACCAGGAACAGGACCGAGCUUGCAAGCGCACCGAGCAGCUGUGGCGGGAGACGUACCGGGUGCGGCAGGAGCAGGCAGCCCACCAGGCGGAGCGCGAGCGGCGAGCGCGGGCCGAGGCGGCUGCCCGCGCCCAGGCUGCGCGGGAGGCGCGCAAGCAGAACGAGACUGCGGAGAAGGAGGCGAGGCUGCGCACCCGGAGGGAGCUCGUGGCCGCCUUCCUGAGGCAGCACGGCUUCAAGGGCGUGGGGGCCAUGAAGCGGAUGAUGCUCAGGUCGACGUACCCUUUGCACAUGGCGUCCGAGGCAGCGGACCAGCAGAUGGUGAAGAUGCUGCUCGACGAGGGCGCCGACAUCCUGCAGAGGGACUCGACCGGCAAGACUGCCCGGGAGGUGGCGGAGAGGCGGGACCGCGGCGGCUCCCACGGCAGGGUGCUCGAGCUGCUCGCCGCGGCGGAGGCCGACCACCUCCGCGGCCUCUCGGCGCCGCAGCCCGCGGCGGCGGCGGCGGGCGCGGGCGCGGAG